AUGGCAGAUGUAUCGCAUGGAAUGCCCAGAGAUACUGUUCGACACGUUGGCGAUCUAGGCAAUAUUGAAGUAAAUGCUGAUGGUGGAGCCUAUGUUGCAAUGCGUGAUGAUGUCAUUUCACUAGGAUUUAAUAAGACAAGAACUGUGAUUGGUUUACCUCUCAUGAUUCACAAUUUGACUGAUGAUGGAGGCCACACUGGCAAGGGCGAAAGUAACACAACUGGAAAUGCUGGUCCCCGUAUAGCAUGUGGAACAAUACGUCUUGGUUGA